AUGUCCAAGUUCUGGGGCGGUGGCUCCGACUCUUCGUCCACGGACUCCGACUCCGACUUCUCGUACUCCGACUCCGAUCUCUCCUACUCCGAUUCCGACACCGACUCCUCUUCCGAUGAGUCUACCACCGGACCCUCCACCAACAUCUUCGACCGCUACCUCAGCGACUCCGAUGAUGACUCUGAUGAUGACGGCCCUCGCGAGGUCCUGAGUGCCCGUGCCAAGACCGUGGCCGCCCUCAACGGCACUGUCUACAACCUGGAGGAUGCCAUGGAUGAUGACAACUGGGAGCAGGUUGCUGUCCUCUUCGAGAAGCUCGUCCGCCUGAUUGAGAAGUCCCCCUUCAUCACCGAGUCUGUCAUCACUGUCCUCAAUGAGCUUGAGAACAACAUCAACGAGCUGUGGGAGGACAAGUCCAACCUCGACCACAUGAGCGACCUGGCCAAGCGCGACUUCAACCUCGUCCGCCAGAAGCUCCGCCGCUAUCUGGCCGACAACCGCGAGAGCCUGGCCUCCAGCGUCCAGGCCGAUACUCUGCCCGACACCGGCGACGCGUCCGACGAUGAGGAGGACAACUCCAAGAAGAUUGAGCGCUUCAUUGCCACCCGCGGUCGCAAGAACUUCCGCCCGGCCGAGGCCAUCCUCGCUGUCAAGGCCCUCCUGGAGGAGGUUGAUGCCGAGUCGGACCUCUUUGUCGCGGCCCUGGACUUCAUCAUGGCCUGCCACUUCGACCAGGUCCGCUCCAACAUGGAGUUCCUGCCCAUCGACAAGUGGCCUGUUGUCAUCAAGGACCUCGAUGCCUUCUUCGCCGUUCUCGAGUCCCACGCCGACUUCGCCAAGCGCUUCGGCCCCAGCCUCGUCCGCUAUGUCGAGCACCUGGACAACGAGUUCAUGAAGAGCCUGCGCUUCGGUGACCCCCACUCCAACGCCUACCUCGAGCGCCUGAGCGAGGAGUCCGCCGUGUAUGCCUUCAUCCUGCGCGCCGAGCGUUUCUUCACCGAGCAGGGGAUGAACGCCGAGCUGUGCCGCGUGUCGACCCUGCGCAUUGAGCACCUGUACUGGCGCCCGCAGACCCUGGCCGACAGCCUGGAGGGCAAGGUCGGUGUUGACACCGUGGCCCUGAUCAGCUCGCUGGCCACCCGGGUGUACAAGCAUGGCGACCUGGUUGCCCGUGCGCGUGCCCUCCUCUGCCAGGUCUACAGCCUGGCUCUGUAUGACCACUUCUACCAGGCGCGUGAUCUGCUGCUGCAGUCGGCCCUGCAGAACAGCAUCACCAAUGCCGACCUGCGCGUGCAGGCCCUCUACAACCGGGCCCUGGUGCAGCUGGGUCUGUGUGCCUUCCGCCAGGGUCACCUGCUGGAGGCCCAGGAUGCCCUGACCGACUUCGUCAACAACAAGUACCUGCGUGACCUGCUCACCCAGGGGUACACCCAGAGCCGUGCCAAUGAUUGCACUGCCCCGGAGAAGGAGGCCCGUCAGCCCUUCCACCUGCACCUGAGCACCGACCUGAUUGAGUGUGUCUUCUCCGUGUGCAGCCUCAUCCUGCAGGUGCCGCUGUCCCUGCGCCCGGACCGCCCGAUGCGCAUCAACCGCGUCCUCUCGCGCAACAUGGACAACUUCGAGAAGCAGCUCCUGCGCGGCCCGCCGGAGAACACCCGCGAGUACAUCUACUAUGCCACUCGCGCCAUGCUGGCCGGUGACUGGGUCAAGUGCCAGAACUACAUCAACUCCAUUCGCAUCUGGCAGCUGAUGCCGGAUCACAAGCGCGUGCUGGAGAUGAUCGGCACUCGCAUUCAGGAGGCCUGCCUCAAGUCCUAUGUCCUGGCCAACUCGCAGUACUUCUCCAACAUCAAGCUUUCUCACCUGACGGCCAAGUUCGAUCUGGAUGAGCGCGCUGUCAUGGAGAUCAUCAGCAACAUGAUCAUCAGCCGUGACCUGGAUGGCUUCGUCGAUGACCAGACCAAGGUCCUCUACAUCAACCCCAAGGCCGAGACCAACCUCCAGCGCAAGUCCCUGCAGAUGGUUGACCGCCUGACCUCCCUGGUGGAGGCCAACGAGAAGCUCUUCAACUAUGACCAGUACAUCAUGUCGAAGCAUGCGCCGCGUGCCAACCAGCGCCCGCGCCCGCGCCCGUCCGGUGCUGCUGGUGGCAAGCCGGCCGCCGCUGCCCCCGCCGCCGCCGCCGCCGCUGUUGCCUCCCAGUAA